AGUGUUCUGAUUACAGCACCAGGGGCUGUUAUGCAAGAAGCCCAAGCUUUUCUACCAGAAAGCACUGCAUUGUAAAGAAAUGAAAAUAGACGAGGGAGGAGAAACAGUGAGAGGGUGGCAAAGACAGAAAAGGUGAAGGGAAAGAGCCGUGGGAGGCAAAUCUAGAGAGAAACAAGGAGAAAUUACUUAGGGAAGAUAGAGGGAAGGAGGGCUAGAGAUCCCGUGGAAAUAGGUUAGGAAGCUCAAGACAGACAGCCUUUAUUCUUAGCUCUUGUGAUUCCUGCACACUGCUGCAAGAAAAUACUUUUGGCAUGCUGGUUUAGGAGCUGGAGAGGAAGCUUCACUCUCCCCACCGGUGUGGCACACCAGGGGCAUGGGGCUGUGGCACUUCCUAGCCUGGAUGGUCUGGGGGCUUGUGAACCCAGCUUUUGCUUUCUCCAUGUACGAGAAACCCCUCAGUAUUAGAAUGCCCACCGCUUUCGACCAGGGAAACACCACAGUGGCUGUGACCACCAACAUCUCAGCCCCACACUGUGCGGCCCUGCACCCCCUGCAUCACGGCUCCUUCUAUGUGGAGGCUGGGUCGGGCACCUCUCUGGGCUCUGUCCUGACGUUCUGGUGUAACGAAGGGUACCAGCUGGUGGGCAGUGAAAAAGUUACCUGCAUUGUCAAAGAAGGCGCCCCCCAGUGGAGCAACUACCUACCUGCCUGUGAAGUGAUUCCCAAGCCUGUGGACCGAGGGCUACGCGUGGCAGUGCUGGUCUCAGUCAUCAGUGGCAUCGUCAUCCUGUCCAUGUCUGCGUCCUUCAUCGCGUGCUGUGUGCGGGAGAGACUGCAGCGGGCACGUGACAGGAGGAGGGACAGCAGACAUCAGAAAGGUAGCAAAAGCCUGCGAAGAAGAGCAUGCUGGAGCGAGCGAGAAGAGGGUGAGUGGGAAAGAACACCCCCAAAACGCCUCCCAAGCCAGCUGGAUUACCGCCUAUCCGCUCCCAAAAGCCCCCUUUACCUGGGAGAGUUCAGGGGGUAUGAGAACCAGGGGUACCAGAGGAGCCAAGAAAACCUGCUGAGAGUGCCGUCACGAGGACUGUAUUCUGAACCUCAGGUGUACCCCCACGUGGUGCUACAGCGAGUCCCGACACCCACCGCCCCGGUCUACCUGCACCUUCCCGCCCAGCCUGCAGACUCUCAUACUCAGAUCAUGUCAUCAUACACCAACCCAGCCUACUGUAGCCCACAGGGGACCCCGCAGAGGCACUACCAAUAGGAACCUGAACACCUACGUCACGUUCUGUAGGGACUGCUUCUCCGUGUACACUAGCUUCCUGGUGAGAGUGCUUUUCCAGGCACACUUCCUGUACAGACUGGAAUGCCUUCCUAGGUUAAAACCAUGGUACUGUUGUUGACUGUCACUGUUUCCAGGUCUCUCAUGGAAUAACAAUCUGGUUGUGGUGAAUCACCAUGGUCUACUGAAUUUGAAUGCGCCUAACAUGGUUAGGGUGUUAUAUACCAAGCAUGGUCUGACAAUGAUUAGCUAUAAUAAAUCAGGGUUGUCCAUGUUAAACAUGGUUUAACUGUAAAAACAAAGCACAACAUGGGCUAACAUGGUUUAAAUAUGAUACAUUCAUCUGGGCAGGGACAUUUUAUGGUGUUCAUUAUCAGUACCUUGAACCUUUCUGGGACCUUUUAUAAACACCUGUAAACUGAAUGAAGGUUACCUUACUGUAUGUGGCAUUGCACGUUCAAGCACACUGUUCAAAGCAUAUUUCUGAUCCGUUUUAAAAAGGUUUAUGUAAAUCCACUUUCAACCUCCUGUUGUAUGCUCCUCUUUCAACCCGCUUUUGUUCACACUGGCAAACUGGAUACAUAAAAAUGACUUUUGGAAGAAGAAUUUUGUGAAUUUGACUUGGGUAAGCUGCAAUGGUCCAAGGUCCCAGGGGUGUAGUCAAUAUUAUUGAGGUCCAAGUUUUCAAAAUGUAAUUUGUGUUUUAUUUGUAUAAUUAGUAUUGUUAUAAUUAAUACUAUUGUGAAAGUAUCGGUUGAUUUCCGAAACCAGAAUAUAGGGGCAAUUUGUCUGAACCGAAGUAUACUAUAAAUGAACACUGAACAGUGCUAUAAAUGAGAAAUUGAACAUGACUUCUAGUCAAAACAUGUGUCAUUGCAUUUAUUAAGUGUCUUUUAGUAUUUCUUACUUAUAUAGGAAACACAUUUUGGUAAAACAGAUGGGAAAGCAAUGUAAUCUCGGGUUUGUUUUGAUUGUUUUUCAUCAUUAUAUGUCAAAUGAGCUGUUUAAAUACUGCGUCUAUCAAACUGUAAUCCACCAUUGCUGGAAAUGCCUCCUGUGACGUCACUGGUUGGAGAAGGCAGCGGGAGAAGUAUGUGAGUUUGUGAAGUAUGUAAAGUGCGUGUAGUGAAGUAAUUGAAGUGUGUGAAGUACAUGAAGUGAAGUGAGCAAAGUGAGGUGUGUUAACGUAUGUGAAGUACAUGAAGUGUGUGAAAUAAGUGAAGUGUGUGAAGUGAGUGAAGUAUGUGAAGUGAAGUGUGUGAAGUAUGUGGAAUGUGUGAAGUAUGUGGUGUGAGUGAAGUGUUAAGUACGUGGUGUUUCGAAGUGAAGUGUGUGAAGUAUGUGGUGUGUGAAGUGUGUGAAAUACAUGGUGUGUGAAGUGAAGUGUGUGAAAUGAAGCGUGUGAAGUACGUGAAGUGAAGUGUGUGAAUUACGUGAAGUAUGUGAAGUGAAGCAUGUGAAGCGUGUGAAGUAUGUGAAGUGAAGCGUGUGAAGUACAUGAAGUGAAGUGUGUGAAGUGAAGCGUGUGAAUUACGUAAAGUGUGUGAAGGGUGUGAAGUGAGUGAAGUGAAGCAUGUGAAGUACGUGAAGUGUGUGAAGGGUGUGAAGUGAGUGAAGUGAAGCGUGUGAAGUACGUGAAGUGUGUGAAGGGUGUGAAGUGAGUGAAGUGAAGCAUGUGAAGUACGUGAAGUGUGUGAAGCGAAGUGUGUAAAGGGUGUGAAGUGAGUGAAGUGUGUGAAGUAUGUUAAGUGUGUGAAGUGUUUGAAGUGUGUAAAGGGUGUGAAGUGUGUGAAGCAAGUGAAGCGUGUGAAGUGUGUGAAGUGUGUAAAGGGUGUGAAGUGAGUGAAGUGUGUGAAAUACGUGAAGUAAACAAAUACCAACAAUGGCAAGCAUUGCGUCAGUAAAGAAACAACCAGCUGGUGUACAUUGAGCCCCUGGUUGCACAAACUACUAGUACAAAGAUUUAAAUGUGCAUUACCACCGUCUACCAAAUAACAGCAAUAACCGGUUAAUAAAGUGGCUGCAGGCAAUAAAAGGAAAACUGUCCCAGACUUAUAACAUGCUCGUGUAAGCAGCAUUCACUUCCUUGACAGUGAUUACACUUUUAAAGGCACGUUCAAUGCCGAUGGAACUUAUAUUAAUGUCAAAAACAGCUAAUUAAAGCACAUGGCCUGCCCGAGGUGUAUUUAACUUUUCAGAAUACGACCACACCCGGUAAAGGCACUCUGCGUGGAGUGCAGGUUGCACCCUUUAGCCUGGACGUCACCAGUUCAAGUCCAGGGUAGACCACUGCUGACCGUGGACCAGCGGCUCCUGUAGUCUGGCCGGGCACCUGCGGGCUUGCUUGUAAGCUGCCCAGAGCUGCAUUGUCCUCUGACGCUGUAGCUCUGAGGUGGCUGCAUGCUUCGGUGGACAGCAUGUGUUCAUCUUCGCCUUCCCGAGUCAGCGCAGGGGUGGUAGUGGUGAGCUGUGCCUAAAAAUAAUUGGCUAUUCCAAAUUGGGGAGAAAAUAAUCUAAAAAAAGCAAACAAUUGGCGACUACUAAAUUUAAAAAAAAUUAUAAAACUUGGCUCAAAUUCACAUGGCACUGAAAAGUUUUUACCAAUAGAUUCUAGCUUUUCAAAGUCUGAUAAAGAACUGUCACUUCCAAUGUUGGAGUGCUGUGAGAUUUGCCAUCGUUGUUUACAAACCUGCCGGUCAAGCACUACAACCAGUGACGUCACAGGAACACAUCAACAUUUAAGUGCUGGUUGCCAUAGUUUUUCAAGUCUUUUUAUUGUGUAUAUGAUACAAACAAGGGUGUUUUGCAUGGGAAAUGUUAUCUUUAGCACUUGAGUAAUUUAAAGUCCUGCCAUUUCCCUUCCCCUUUAAACUAAGUCCUAAGAUGUACAUUGCUAUAAAAUGUUUUUAAAGUGUCCUAUUUUGCCUUACCUCAAUCCACAUCAAUUCCCCCUUUUACUCUGGCUCAGGCAGCAUCUAAUUACACCCACUCUGUAAUGCAGGCUACUCCCCUGGGUCCUAUAAACUGUACCACAGCAAGCCCUUGAGGAAAAGUCUGGAAAACUAAAAAAUAUAAAGCAAAACGAUAAGGGAUUCACAAGAGUGUUGUUACAAAAGUGAAGAUUUCAGUUUUAUCUUCUCUGACAUUUCUCUGUUGAUACGUUUAAUAAAGUCACUUUCUAUCAUCAUUCUAAAUAAACCUCUAUAAAUAAGGUGACCAGAUUUUAAAGUCCUUAAACUGGGACAGUAUGGAAAUAUUGUGAAUAACUUCCAACUUCCAAGCUAUGGGAAAGAUCUAGGGUUUUUAUUGUCAAUUUGUUUAAUCUAAAACCAUAUUGAAAGUGAAUGCAGACUCAUGGUGGUAAGUGGAGUCUUUUACUUUAAAAACUUUUUUUGUGAAUAAAUGAUUUUAAUGUCUUUGUAAUGUCAUUUCUACACAAGUAUAGUUAUUACAUUACACAGUAGCAAUUCAAAAAUAUCAAACUCCAAGAUUCUAUUUUAUUGUCGAUUACUGCUGCAAAUCCCUUUUCUGCCUAAGAAACUGCAUCUUCUCUCUUUGAGUUCCACUUUCCAUAAGCGUUGCAAGAAAGGUUAUGGGGACACAGGGACCAGUGUUCCAAAAUUGGGACGUCUGGUCACCUUAUAU